CCCCCCUCCCUCCCCCCCCCCCCCAAACCCCAACACAAGUAUUUCAUUGGGACGAGUUCCAGUUUCAUUUCAAGGAGAGAGAUGGAUUUCCACAGCCUUACAAGGAGAGCACUACAAGCUCUUUGCAAGAAGAACAAAAUCCCAGCUAACCUCACCAAUGUCGCCAUGGCCGACGCUCUUCAGUCCCUCGAGUUUGUUGAUGGUAUUGAAGAAAUCUUGAGCUCAUGUGAAUCUGAAACUGCAAACUCAUCCAUGGAGUCUCCUGGGAAGUCAGAAAUAGUAACAAGUGUACCUCGGACUUGUCAUCGAGCUACACAACAAAAAGCAAUCAAACAUGACUUAGAAACUUUGCAGACCUUGACUAGGAGUCGCUGCAGAACGAGAGGAAAGGUGGUCAGAGACGUAGAUGAAGCCAAGAAUGACAUGCAUGAGACUCCUGCAUUGCCGACUACCAGAAGAAGGGCUGCAGCAACUGCAGUUCGCGCUAAAUUGGAAUCCGCAAUGAAGGAAUGUGAACCAAAAGAAAAAAUUGGGGAUCGGAUUCAGGGAGAAAUGAAAGAUGUGCCAAAGACACCAGCAGUUCUAACUAGCCAAAGAAAAGAAUUGAAGGCAAGUUCAGUUAGGCAAGUGUACAGUACUCGUCGAUCAGCAAGGAUAGCUGGGAAACCAAUGCAGGAGAGCACACAAGAGAAUGAAAUGUCAGGAACCCUUACAUUUGAUGCUUUUCCUGAAGAAACUGAGGAAAAUUUGGAGGUGGAUUCUGAGCAGUAUUUUAUUCACAAGAAUGAAGAAGUAGACAAAAAUGAUAUUGUAUCAGGUCAAUGUUCAAAUACCUUGGUACAAAAUGAAAUAGAAACUGAAGAUGUUCUUCAACAAGAAAGUAACAAUAACCUGGUUGUUGUGUUAGAUACAAAAGCAGAAGAAGGCUCAGAGGAAGUACCACUUGGUCACAACAACAAUGAGGAACUUGAGAAUGGAAAAGAAAUGGCAUCUGAAGGAAUGCAGUCUUUGAAUGAUGUUUCAGGAGCUAAACUAGAAGUUUUUGGUGAAGAAUCCAUGGAAGAAUCUGAAAUUGAUCAAGCUCAGGCUAAAACUGAAAAAGAUUUUCAGAACAAAAGCCAGAACUUGGGUGAAGAUACCAAGAGAAGUUCCGAUAUCACUAAUAUGAUCCUGAUGAAGCAGCCGCAUGAAGAGGACAAGCCCCAUUGUGAUGAUACAUCUGACUUUGUGGCAGAAAAUGAUCGGGAGGAGGAAGAUCACUUAAAUCAUACUGAUAUUGCAGGAGGGCAAAAGUUGAUGGGAGAACCUGCAAGUGUCAAUCGAGACUCUAACAUAGAUUUCCAUGACGUGAGUUCGUUGGGGCAAUUCAACGGUGAGGGGGAGGCUAAGGUGAGUGGAAGUCAGCAGUGUUUGAAAGAUGCUUCCGAAGCUAACAUGGAAGAUGCUGGAGAAGAAGAACCCAUGGAAGAAUAUGAAGUUGAUCAUGCUGAAGCUAAUGUGGAUAGUGCAGCUCAUGGUCUGGAAGUUGCAGAAGAAGAAGAACCCAUGGAAGAAUCUGAAGUUGAUUAUGCUGAGGCUAAUGUGGAUAAUGCAGCUCAUGGUGUUCCACACUUGGCUUCUCUCAUACCUGAUGAUGCUGCCCAGGAAGGUGAGUGCGAGGUUAAGGUGAGAGGAAGUCAGCAGUGUUUACAUGUUUCAGAAGUAGUUGCUGGAGAAGAACCUAUGGAAGAAUCUGAAAUUGAUCAUGCUGCGAUUAAAGUGGAUAUUGCUGCUCAUGCUCUUCCUCCCCAAGCUUCUCUCAUACCUAAUGCUAUCCCGGAACCAGUCUACAAAGGCAUUGCUGGUAAUGACAGUAAGCAAUCUUUGCAAGAUUUAAGCUUGAGGAAGCUUACAAAGAUGUUACAUGUUUCAGAAGUAGUUGCUGGAGAAGAACCUAUGGAAGAAUCUGAAAUUGAUCAUGCUGCGGUUAAAGUGGAUAUUGCUGCUCAUGCUCUUGCUCCCCAAGCUUCUCUCAUACCUAAUGCUAUCCCAGAACCAGUCUACAAAGGCAUUGCUGGUAAUGAAAGUAAGCAAUCUUUGCAAGAUUUAAGCUUGAGGCAGCUUACAAAGAUGUUGAAAGAGCGUCACAAAAGAUCCUAGUGGAAAGGAGGUUGCUAAAAUCAAGGCGCCAAGCUCGAGAUCAGCCUUGCAAACACUUCCAGAAAAUUGUUUGAUCAGUGACACUGAAAAUUAAACGUUUAUAAAAGGCAGACCACUCCACCUGCCAGUGAAUGAACUUUGAGCGCGAUGUUGGAUCAGCCUUGCAAACCUUCUUGGUUUGCUACUCCAGAGAUAUAUCAAAAUUUUGAUCGCUCUUGUUUUUGUAUUCCUAGAGUUUUUCAAACUUAUAUAAAUGGAAAGUAAAACUAUUCAUACA